GCUUAUAAUGUUAGGAUAAGGUUUAGGGCAAGGGUAACGAUAAGGGUUAGGGCAAUGAUAGGGGCAAGGGUACGGUUAGGGUUAGGGUAAGGACGUCCCAAUGAUUCCAUAUAGCACUAAACGUACGUGGAAACCCCUCCGCCGCUAGGGAAACGCUUUCAGACCAAUCAGUGGUUGAAUGUGUGAGGGAGCGUGUGUUUACAUCACCCGUCAAAUUGAAGAGCAUUUAAAUUUCGUCUUACAAGGACCAAACCCGCAGACUUGCACUGAAGCGAUUACGGUAGCCACCAACAGGACGGACUCUCUGGUAACCGACCUUUUGCAGUGGAAUAACUCUUGAACCAUGAGCUCUGUGGCUGUGUUGACCCCGGAGAGCUUUGCCGAGCACCUCAGCGGAAUCAAAGACCAGGAGAUGACAGGCGGUGUACCCGAGGAUGAGGCCUAUAUCCCCACCUACCUGGAGGCCUUCCCUCCGCUCCCGGAGAAUAAGGGAGCUCCGGGGGACAAGUCUGGAGAGCCUGCCGGGCCGUGGGGCUCCAAGAUCAGACCCAUCAAAGCCUCUGUCAUCACCCAGGUGUUCAACGUGCCCCUGGAGGAGCGGCGCUACAAGGACAACAGCCAGUUUGGUGACGGGGGCGAGGAGGCCAAGGUGUGCCUGGACAUCAUGCAGAGGACGGGGGCUCACAUCGAGCUGUCGCUGGCCAAGGACCAGGGCCUCUCCAUCAUGGUCACUGGGAAACUGGACUCUGUCAUGAAGGCCCGUAAGGAGAUCGUGUCUCGGCUGCAGACACAGGCUUCGGCCACGGUGGCCAUCCCCAAGGAGCACCACCGGUUUGUGAUCGGUAAGAACGGUGAGAAACUCCAGGAGCUGGAGCUGAAAACGGCCACGAAGAUCGCCAUCCCCCGACCUGACGACCCCAGCCUCAACAUCAGAAUCACAGGCACCAAGGAGGGCAUCGAGAAGGCUCGUCACGAGAUACUGCUGAUAUCAGCCGAACAGGACAAGCGAGCAGUGGAGCGUCUCUCCCUGGAGAAGGUGUUCCACCCGUUCAUCGCUGGGGCCUACAACCGUCUGGUCCAGGAACUGUGUCAAGAGACGGGGGCCCGCGUCAGCAUCCCCCCGCCCAGCCUGCACAAGGACGAGAUCGUCAUCACCGGGGAGAAGGAGUCUGUCGCCCUCGCCAUCAGCCGCAUACGGGCCAUCUACGACGAGAAGAAGAGAAAGACCACCACCAUCUCAGUGGAGGUGAAGAAGUCGCAGCACAAGUACAUUGUGGGGCCUAAAGGCAACAGCCUGCAUGAGAUCAUGGAGACCACCGGGGUUUCUGUGGAGAUGCCCCCGCUGGACUCCUGCUCGGAGACCAUCAUCCUGAGGGGCGAGCCGGACAAGCUGGGCCCUGCACUCACACAGGUCUACGCCAAGGCCAAGAGUGUGAUGGUGGUGGAGGUGACGGCCCCGGCCUGGCUCCAUCGCUUCAUCAUCGGAAAGAAGGGACAGAACAUCGGACGCAUCACACAGCAGCUACCCAAGGUUCACAUUGAGUUCACAGACGGCGAGGAGCGGAUAUCCCUGGAGGGCCCCACGGAGGAGGUGGAGCAGGCCCAGGUUCAGAUACAAGACAUGAUCAGAGACCUGCUGGUGAGGAUGGACUACACUGAUGUCAACAUAGACCAGCGUUUUCACAGACACCUUAUCGGCAAGAACGGAGCCAACAUUAACCGGAUUAAAGAGCAGUACAAGGUGUCGGUGUGGAUCCCACAGGAGCCGGAUCGAAGCGGCCUGGUCCGGAUCGAGGGUGACCCCAAGGGGGUGCAGCUGGCACGCAGGGAGCUGAUGGAAAUGGCACAGAGGAUGGAGAACGAGCGUACCAAAGACUUGAUUGUCGAGCAGAAGUUCCACCGCGCCAUCAUCGGCCAGAAAGGGGAGAAGAUCAAAGAGGUCCGGGAUAAGUUCCCAGAGGUCAUGAUCAAUUUCCCAGACCCGGCUCAGAAGAGUGACAUUGUGCAGCUGAGAGGGCCCAAGAACGAGGUGGAGAAGUGUGCCAAGUUUCUGGCAAAACUCAUCGCAGACCUGAUGGAGAACAGCUUCUCCCUCUCCAUCCCCAUCUUCAAACAGUUCCACAAAAACAUCAUCGGCAAAGGAGGCGCCAACAUCAAAAAGAUCCGUGAGGAGACCACCACUAAGAUUGACCUGCCCACAGAGAACAGUAACAGUGAGAUGAUAGUGAUCACUGGGAGGAAGAACCACUGUGAAGCAGCCAGAGACAGGAUCCUAGCCAUCCAGAGAGAACUGGCCAACAUCAAGGAGUCAGAUGUGACCAUCCCGGCCAAGCUCCACAACUCUCUGAUAGGCUCUAAGGGCUGCCUGGUGCGGGCCGUCAUGGAGGACUGUGGCGGGGUGCACAUCCACUUCCCCUCCGAGGGCUCCGGGUCAGACAGGGUGACCGUCAGAGGGCCCGCCGGGGAGGUGGAGAGGGCCAAGAGACAGCUACUACAACUGGCUGAAGAGAAGCAAGUGAACAACUUCACGGCGGAGCUGCAGGCCAAGCCGGAGUACCACAAGUUCCUGAUUGGAAAGGGCGGGGUGAACAUCCGUGGUGUGCGGGACAGGACGGGCGCCCGCAUCAUCUUCCCGUCUCCCGACGAGCCGGAGCAGGAGCUCAUCACCAUCAUAGGCAGGGAGGAGGCUGUCAGACUGGCCCAGAAAGAACUGGAGACACUCGUCAAAAACCUGGACGACGUGGUGGAGGACAGCAUGGUUGUGGAGACGCGGCACCACCGGUACUUUGUCUGCCGGCGAGGCCAGGUGUUGAGGGAGCUGGCGGAGGAAUACGGCGGCGUGGCGGUCAGCUUCCCCCGCACCGGGACUCACAGCGACCGCAUCACACUGAAGGGGGCCAAGGACUGUGUGGAGGCAGCCAAACGAAGAAUCCAGGAGAUCAUAGAGGAUCUGGAGGCCCAGGUGAGUGUUGAGGUGGCGGUCCCCCAGCGGUACCACAGGGCUGUGAUGGGGCCUAAAGGCGUCAGGAUCCAGCAGAUCACCAGAGAUUACGAGGUGCAGGUCAAGUUCCCGGAGAGAGACGACAACAACACAGCAGGACAGGAGCCCCCUCAGGAGAACGGUGACGCCAGUCCGGAGGCGGAGUUUGUCCUUCGCAAGUGUGACGUCAUCACCAUCUCAGGGAGGACGGAGAAGUGUGAGCUGGCAAAGAUCGCCCUACUGGCUCUGGUCCCCGUCACGGAGGAUGUUGAGGUGUCCUUUGAGCUACACCGUUACAUCAUUGGUCAGAAGGGCAGUGGCAUCAGGAAGAUGAUGGAGGAGUAUGAGGUGAACAUCUGGGUACCCCAGCCGGAGCAGCAGUCGGAUGUGAUCAAGGUGACAGGUCAGGUGGCCAACGUAGAGCGAGCCAAGUCAGGCCUGCUGGAGAGAGUCAAAGAACUACAGGCUGAACAGGAGGACAGGGCCUUGAGGAGCUUCAAGGUCUCCAUCUCAGUAGAUCCUAAGUUCCACCCCAAGAUCAUUGGCCGGAAGGGAGCGGUCAUCUCUCAGAUCCGCAAAGACCACGACGUCAACGUCCAGUUCCCAGAUAAAGGGGACGAACUGCAGGAUGUGAUAGUGAUCUCUGGGUAUGAGCGUAACACAGAAGAGGCGCGGUCAGCCAUCGAGCUGCUGGUGUCAACGCUGCAGGAGAUGGUCAGCCACGACGUGCACCUGGACCCCCGCACACACGCACGCAUCAUCGGGGCCCGCGGCAAGGCCGUUCGCAAGACCAUGGAAGAGUUCAAGGUGGACAUCCGGUUUCCCCAGCCGGGUUCAGAGGACCCUGGCAGGGUGACAGUGACUGGACUACCAGAGAGUGUGGACAACGCCGUCGACCACCUCCUCAAUCUGGAGGAGGAAUAUAUGUUGAGUGUGACAGAGACCGAGACGAUGGCUGCCUACAUGAAGCCCCCGUCCCGCUAUGGAGGGGGGGAGGGAGUUGGGGGUGGCGACAUCAGCGGGGGGGCAGCAAAGGGCUUUGUGGUGCGUGACGCCCCCUGGAACGACAAGGCUCCUGAUAUGAGUAAUGCUGAGGACUUCCCCACCUUCGGCGCAGGCCUGGCCCCAAAACAGACCUCCGCCUGGGGCCCCAAGAAGUUUUGAGACAUCUGGGAAAACAAGAGAGAGGAGAGGGAGAGAACAAACACUGGACAAAUCGCUACUCGCCUUCGCCUCCUCCCCCCUUUUCAUUUUUUUGCUCUUUCACAGCUGUUACCCUCAACCAGCAACCCAGGAAGGCCAGAGGAAAAAAGAGCACGUCCUCAUCUCUUCUCCAUCUCUCCUCUAUCCCCUUCUCUCCUCUAUCCCCUUCUCUCCAUCUCUCUUCCAUCUCCCUCUCCCCAUCUCUUCCAUCUCCCUCUCCCCAUCUCUUCUCCAUCUCUCCUCUAUCCCCCUCUAUCCCCUUCUCUCCAUCUCUCCUCUAUCCCCUUCUUUCCUCUAUCCCCUUCUCUCCAUCUCUCCUCUAUCCCCUUCUCUCCAUCUCUCCUCUAUCCCCUUCUCUCCUCUAUCCCCUUCUCUCCAUCUCUCCUCUAUCCCCUUCUCUCCUCUAUCCCCUUCUCUCCAUCUCUCCUCUAUCCCCUUCUUUCCUCUAUCCCCUUCUCUCCAUCUCUCCUCUAUCCCCUUCUCUCCAUCUCUCCUCUAUCCCCUUCUCUCCUCUAUCCCCUCCUCUCCAUCUCUCCUCUAUCCCCUUCUCUCCUCUAUCCCCUUCUCUCCAUCUCUCCUCUAUCCCCUCCUCUCCAUCUCUCUUCUAUCCCCUCCUCUCCAUCUCUCUUCCAUCCCCUCCUCUCCAUCUCUCCUCUAUCCCCUCCUCUCCAUCUCUCUUCUAUCCCCUUCUCUCCAUCUCUCUUCUAUCCCCUUCUCUCCAUCUCUCCUCUAUCCCCUCCUCUCCAUCUCUCCUCUAUCCCCUUCUCUCCAUCUCUCCUCUAUCCCCUUCUCUCCUCUAUCCCCUCCUCUCCAUCUCUCCUCUAUCCCCUUCUCUCCUCUAUCCCCUCCUCUCCAUCUCUCCUCCAUCCCCUCCUCUCCAUCUCUCUUCCAUCCCCCUCGCCUCCAUUGGAGGAAAGACGUUCCCUCUCUUGUUUUCUUGCUUUGUCUUUGCCUCUCCACGUCACUUCAACAUCGCUGGAGUUGUCGUUGCAUUUUAAAGGACUUGUUUUAGUCAGUGGACCCCACUGCCAAACCCCAAACCGACAGCCCAGGCAUCUUGUAACGGUCCUUUGAACCAACUUAACCCAGCAAGUAGUGAAACUGGAGAGCACCAGCCAACCAACAGCCCUCUUUACAAGACAAGAGGGAUGUGGAGGAUUUUAGGUUCACAUGGUGGCAGAACUAAACCACGAGUUGUAGAGCGAACACUGCUUAAGUUUUGCGGUUUUGAUGAUGAAAGGAGAUUUUAAUGUUCUACUGUGCGAGCAGAGUUUUUAAACGACGUACUCCUACGAUGUUUUACGGUGUUUGUUUUUUUACCUGAGUCUGUUACUAGCUGAUCCAAGUCCAUUAUUACUGAAACUCAUCAGAGUUAGCUUCCAUAGUUUUUUUCAUGGUGAGUCAUCUUUUGAGUCUUAACUGUGUGUGUCCUGUGAGGUCUGUGUACUGCAGGUUGUUUAUUUAAGCAACAAGGCACAAGGGGGUGGGGUAUAUGGCCAGUAUACCGCGGCUAAGGGCUGUUCUUAGGCACGACGCAACGUGGACUGCCUGGAUACAGCCCUUAGCCGUGGUAAAUUGGCCAUAUACCACAAACUCCUGAGUUGCCUUAGUGCUAUUAUAAACUGGUUACCAACAUACUUAGAGCAGUAACAAUAAAUGUUUUGUCAUACCCGUGGUAUACGGUCAGAUAUACCACGGCUGUCAGCCAAUCAGCAUUCAGGGCUCGAACUACCCUGUUUAUAAUUCUUGUUAUUUAUGUUUUUGUUUAUUUAUAACCCGUUUUAUUUAUUGACAUUUCUGUGAUCUGGCGUUUUCAUAAAGCACAUAGCAGAAGUGGAAUGUGUGUAUGUGGGAGGGAGGGAGACCAUUUGGUUAUGUACUAGUAUGUUGUUGUGGAUAAUUUAUGAAGUUGUUUCUAUUUUAUUUUUCUUCCUCACUUCAUUUGAAAGACUAAUCUUUUACUCCCUCUUACCAGUAACUUUCUUUUGUAUUUGUCUUAAUUCCAGCUCCGUCGCUCUCCUUUCCCUUUCUAUGCCCGACCCCUCCGUUCAGCCACCUUGUGUAGUUUGACUCCAUCCAUUUGAAAAAUAAUAUUAUAUUUAAUCUCCCCCAAAUACUUGUGCACUCGCAAGUAGUAGCUCAACUUGUGUAUCAGUGGAGGCUGCUGAGGGGAGGACGACGACUCAUCAUAACGGCUGGAACGGCGCACAUGGAACGGUACCAGACGCAUGGGAAUGUGUUUGAUGUAUUUGAUACCAUUCCGCUUCAGCCAUCACCACGAGCCCGUCCUCCCCAAUUAAGGUGCCACCAACCUCCUGUGUUGUGUAUUGCUGGGAGAAUAGGACUCCAAAGCUCUGCUGAAUCAAAACGUUGCACUUAUUUAUAUCAUUUGUAGCACAAACAGUUUUUACUUGUCUAUUUAUUUGACCACCCACUGGCCCUUCCCUCAUUCCGCGACCGAGUUGGGGUGGUGUUAUUGAUCAGGAUGACUUUCGUUCCAUUGAGGCCCCUUUUGCUCUACUGUAGUUAGAAACUGACCGAGGAUCAGAUAUCCAUGCAUAACAAACUCGCCCAUUGUACCUACUUGGAAUGAGAACUUGUAGUUCCAGAAGUGAGUCGGUUUUAACUUCCAUGUGCCUGUUGUCGCCGUACAAAUAGAUUGACUAGGAUGGGGGGGGGGGGGGGGGGGGGGGGGGGGGGGGGGGGGGGGAGCCCCUCAGACCAUGUUGGCUUGAAUGGGAAUUACCGUUCUAGUUAUUGUAUUUCUGUGUCGUCUCCUGUAUGCUGAUGUGAAGGACAGGAGGACUGGUGCAGAACAGCCUGUAGAUUUGCUUUAUUUCCCUCCGAGGAUGGACUAGUUAACAAACGACAGACAAUACAACCCAACUGGAAGAAUAGAUUGUUUUUACGUGUACACGGAGGUGUACAAAACCAUUAGGAACACCUCCCUAAUAUUGAGUUGCACCCACUUUUGCCCUCAGAACAGCCUCAAUUCGUUGGGGCGUAGACUCUACAAGGUGCCGAAAGCAUUCCACAGGGAUGAUGGCCCAUGUUGACUCCAAUGCUUCCCACAGUUCUGUCAAGUUGGCUCGAUGUCCUUUGGGUGGUGGGCCAUUACUUGAUACACACAGGAAACUGUUGAGUGUGAAAAACCCAACAGUGUUGCAGUUCUUGACACACUCAAACUGGUGCGCCUGUCACCUACCAUCCCCCGUUCAACGGCACUUAAAUAUUUUGUCUUGCCCAUUCACCCUCUGAAUGGCACACACACAAUGUUGAUCUCAAAGCUUAAAAAACAUUUUUUGGCCUGUCUCCUCCCCUUCCUCUACACUGAUUGAAGUGGAUUUAACAAGUGACAUCAAUAAGGGAUCAUAGCCUUCACCUGGUCAGUCUGUCAUGGGAAGAGGUGUUCCUCAUGUUUUGUACACUAAGUUUGUACUGUAAAUGUGUCACCAGUUUAAGCUUUGUGGGAAAGCAACUCAUUUCUGUUGCACUCCUUUGUGUUUAACCUUUGAACUUUCACCACACUGUCACUGGAUCGCUGAGGUCAGACAUUUUAUAUUGACAUUACAAAUGUGGGUAGGUGUGUCACUACCCGUCGGCAAGGCAAUGGAGCCGGAGUCUGCCUGCGUUUUUUUUUUGGGGGGGGGGGGUCUGAAUUUAUUGGCCUUAAGAAAUAAUUCUUAGGAAUAAUUUAGAAAGUGUGAGUAAAUAUGCAACACUGCAGUAUGUCAGUGACUGGAUUUUUUUUCCUACUCUGAAUAAAAUUUUAAAACUAAAAACA